CAAUCCGGUCACCCAUCUCGCUUCAUCUCACAAGUUUUUGUUUUCGUAACUUUGCGCUGGCCCAGUUUUACGCUUUAUUUUCCUUAUUAGCACACACACAAUAACUUAAACUUCAGUUUUUAUCUCACAUUACACACAAAAUGUGCUACGUGAUCAUCACAGGGCGGAGUUUAGCAUGGCUCCUGCUGAGUUUGGUAGCGUUUAUGCUAAUUCUUUCCGGUAUAAUGACUCCCAAGUGGUUGUUAGGGCAGCCUAUGGUGCAAAAUAGGGAUAAUAUUACUGGAUUCUACGUGCCUAGUGUCGGGAUAUACAAUAGAUGCCUGCGUAUAAAGGAUAGCCACGAUGACUGUGGUUCUUUCUCCUUCUACGGGUUCGCCACUGAUCCGAGCCGCUACCCCACCCCGUGGAAAGCGGCAUUAUUCUUCUUAUCUUUAUGUGCAGCAAUACAAUUCUCGACAGUGCUGGCCGGUGUGAUGGCGUGCUGCGUUCAGUCCGUCUUCAAGAAAAGCGUGAUAUCAUUGGCUGGUGCUACACAAGCUUUGGGAGGGUUAUUUGGAGUGCUAGGGCUCCUGCUCUACCCUUGGGGUUGGGGAACCCAGCGCGUCCGACAGCUUUGCGGCGAAAACUCGGAGCCGUACAUACCAGGAGACUGUUCUAUUGGUUGGUCGCUGUACGUGGCGACGUUGGGCGUGGCGCAGGUUUUCCUGGCGAGCGCGCUGUCCCGCGGCGCCGACCGAGCCGCCGCCUCCGAGAAGGUGCAGUUCCAGAUCGACGAGGGGAAACAACUCAUCUGCCUGCCCUGAUCACUUCUCACCACAGACAAGACCUGCCCUGAUCACUUCUCACCACAGACAAGACCUGCCCUGAUCACUUCUCACCACAGACAAGACCUGCCCUGAUCACUUCUCACCACAGACAAGACCUGCCCUGAUCACUUCUCACCACAGACAAGACAUCCUCCAGACAUAUCUAUCUAUCUAUCAGUCAUAUAAACGGCUUUAAACCUUACCAUAAACCUUACGG